UGUGAGCUGCGUGCUUAUCAUAGUGUUGAAGACGGCAAUGCCUCGCAGGGCACAACCAGCGGGCGUGCUCUCCUCCUCGCCGGGUCGUUUGCGUUGCCUGACCGUGCUCACGGCCGCGUGGGGGUCACACGGCUUUCGAUCGAUCAGCAGCUGCAACGGCGGCACCCGCGUCCACGUCGCUACUACUGCGGCUGCCACAAACGAAGUAAGGGAGGUGCAGGUGGAGGAGAGGCCAUGGCUUGGCAAUGGCCCGGAUCCGAUGGCAAGCACAGGAAAGAUUCGACCAGGCACCAGCGCUUCCCUGGGAGCAGCUGUUGUGGGGGAACCUGGAGGAAAGGGCAAGGGCGUCGCGGCCGAGGAGAUGUGGCUCAACGGCCCGUUCAAUGCUCCCGUGCCGCCAGGACCCCUAGAUAUUUUGUUCGUGGACGAGGAGAUAGUGGUGUGUAACAAGCCAAGUGAUCUUCUAUGCGUCCCGGGGCGUAUCGAGAAGGACUCGCUUGCCACCAGGGCUGCCCUGGAGCUGGGACACUACCGGGUGGACAGAAUGAUCGUGCACCGGCUAGACAUGGCGACGUCCGGCUGCGUGAUUAUGGCCCGCACGGAUGCAGCUCUCAAGGACCUCAACCGGCAGUUUCGAGAGCGCCAAGUGCGGAAACGCUACGUUGCGAUGGUGCACGGUGUCCUCUGGGCGGACGAAGGGGAGGUCGACCUUCCGCUCUGCCGAAAUAGGGGCUGCCCGCCGCUCCACAUGGUCAACUUCGAGCACGGAAAGCCGUCGCUCACAAAAUGGCGAGUCCUGGAGAGGGCUGCCGACCGGACAAGAGUGGAGCUCAUUCCCGUGUCGGGCCGUUCGCACCAACUGCGACUUCAUAUGAAUGCAAUAGGUCAUCCAAUCCUGGGCGACCACUUCUACGGCACCAAGGACUCUCUCGAUCUCGCGGACCGGUGCCUGCUGCACGCGCACACUCUGUGCCUUCGACACCCAAAAACGGGGGAGAGAACAAUGUUUACCGCUCCUUGCGAAUUUUGAACUUUGGAGCUUGAGCGUGACUUGUUCGCCCACGGUUCCACUGUUUCGCAGGGUGUUUAGAGGGAGAGGAUUCCACCCGGGCACGGUUUGUUGUUGUUUUUCUGGUUUCGCUUGUGCCUGGUGUUGGAUGUGUUCAAUGUGAUGAUUUUUUCUGGUUGGGAUUACAUUCUCUGCCAUGUACUACUCAAGAGCCAACGUUGCCCGCAAAUUGGAUGUGAAGAACUCAUUUCGGCUCAUCU